AUGCCUGACCUUGAAGAUAAAGAAUCUAAAGAACAGGAGCGAGUAGAACGACGUCGAAUCAAAGCGACAUUUAAACGGGAUAGCGCUAUCGCAAGUAUUCGCGCGAUUCAUGCAUUGUCCGUGAAAGCAUCCACUAAUAGUGAUGUAGUUCCAAAAUUCUUAGUCGCCGCUCGCAACUUAAAUAGCUUGUGGACGCAAUUUGAAUUGGAGGAUAGCAUGGCGCUCGAGUGUAUGAUCGCGUUGGGCACAUAUGCUAAAUAUAGUGAAGUACUUCCGUCGGAAAUUCGUGCUCUUGUCGACGAAUCUAUAUCUGUUGCUGAAGCUUUAACACCGACUGAGACUCCGGAUGCCGUUCCACCCAAAAUUCAACGGUCAUCACGUCUACCGGAAAUUCCAUUGCCGUCGUUUGACGGAGAAUUGUCAGGGUGGCCUGUUUUUCGUGAUCGUUUUACCGUACGUGUUGUGAAAGAUACCGAGCUUACAAAUAUAGAACGGUUCUAUUACCUCUUAGGGUGCCUUACCGGUGAAGCUCUUCAUGCCGUAAGAAACAUCCCGGUAUCUGAGAGCACCUAUGACCUCGCUUGGUCAACUUUGGUUGAGCGUUUUGACAAGCCAAGGCAGUUAGCGACAAUUAUCGUCGACAAACUCAUAACUGCCCCUGUCCAUUCACAAGAAACAGUAGAAAGUUUAAAAGAUUUUAUAAGUUUGUUUUCGGACCACGUGUCAGUGCUUAAAUCGUUGAACAUUCCGAACCUCGGUGAGUUUCUUCUGUUCGCAUUGUCUGCGCGCUGUUUACCGUUGUUCACUCGCAAGGCAUUUGAAGAGACGAAUAAUACUGAAUUUCCUGAGUUUUCGGAUAUUGCUGCAUACGUCAAGGCCCGUGUAUCACUUCUGGAGGCAGUCAACUGUUCUAAUGUUCCAAAACAUCCUGCUCACACUCAUAGUCAGUCGAAACCAGUUCCAACUAGGUUUGGAUCAAAAGGUUCGAAGGUUUCGUUGCUGUCUUCAAAGACUGACGCUCCGACCUCAUCAAAGUGUCUGUUCUGUUCGGGAAGCCAUGCAUCAGUCGCGUGUAAUGAAUUUUCAAAAAUGUCUCUGGAUGAGAGGUAUGACGUCGCCCGUAAGACUAGGAUCUGUUUUCGGUGUCUUAAUUCAACUCAUUGGUCUAAUCAUUGUAAAACAGCCAAACCGUGUACUAAGUGUUCUGGUCGUCAUCACACUUUAUUACACCCUGUAAGUAAGCCCUCGUCGUCUUCUGACUCGACUCCGGCUGUCACAGCGUCAACAACCUCCUCAAUUACGAGCUCACUAAACAAAACAACUGUACUUUUGGGAACAGCCUUAGUUCACGUGCGUGACCGGGCUGGUUAUAUGCAAUCUGUUCGAGUUCUUAUUGACUCUGCUUCUCAGAUCACCGCCAUGUCCAUCGCCUGUGUGGAUCGUCUGGGACUAAAAAGAAGUAGAUGGACCGCACCGAUAACUGGCUUGACUGGCGUAUCGAUACCAACAAUAUCAGGAAAAGUCAAUUGUUAUAUGACGCCCAGACAUACUACGGACCCAACAUUUUCCUUAACUGCUUGGGUCAUGCCAACUAUAGUUUCAGAUAUGCCAUCUCAACAUCUACCGAAGCUCAUCAAGGACAAGUAUUCCCAUCUUGCACUAGCUGACCCUCACUUUGACCGGUCCGCAUCUAUUGAUAUGUUACUGGGAGCAGACGUGUUUGCUCGAAUCAUGGAUGGAAAACGGGUGUCAAUCGAUGAUUCUCUACCUGUCGCAUACGGAUCAGUCUUUGGUUGGGUCUUGAUAGGCGAACUCCCUGUUCAACCGUACCAUUGUAACACCGCUGUAUCCCUGUCGGUAUCACUGGAAGGGCUGGUCCAACGUUUUUGGCAACUCGAAGAACCGGAUGAAGCUCCUACUACGUUUACUAGUGAUGGACAAUGUGAGUCCAUUUAUGCUUCUGAAAGCCGUCGAGACAACUUUGGUCGAUUCCUAGUUCCUUUGCCAUUCAUACCGAAACACCGCGAUGAAACAUUUCCUGGUUCUCGCAAUAUUGCCGAACGUCGUUUUCAAAACCUUGAGCGGAAGCUUCAAAACGACGAUGUGCUAUAUACCGCAUACAAGCAUUUUAUGAGCGAGUAUGAAACCUUAGGUCAUAUGUCAGCUGCCACUGAACCUGGUGCCUACUUCAUUCCUCAUCACCCUGUUUUCAAGCUCAACUGUCCAUCGAGCAAAAUCCGAGUGGUAUUCGAUGGAUCGGCUAAGGCUGCCUCUCUGUUGUCAUUAAAUCAAUGUCUAUACGCCGGUCCGAAGUUACAGCUGGAUAUCGUGGACAUUCUAUUUCGAUUCCGACUUCACCAGUUCGUCUUUACUGCAGAUGUCUGCAAGAUGUACAGGCAAAUUCUCGUUCUUCCAGAAUACCGUCGCUUUCAGCACAUUCUAUGGAGGCCAUCUCCACUAGACGAGUUGAAAGAGUAUCAGCUCAAUACCGUGACAUACGGCAUCAAUAGUGCCCCCUUUCUGGCAUUGAGAGUCUUAAAGGAUAUCGCUGACAAUGAUUGUACAGGAUUUCCUGAAGUACAAUUGGGGCUGAGGGAACAAACCUAUGUAGAUGACAUUUGUCUUGGUGCCGACACCGAGGAUGAAUUGUUGACUUUACAGUCAAAUCUUUGUUCCGUCCUGAAACGUGCUGGUCUUGAGUUAAAGAAGUGGUCGAGUAACACCGUACCUGUGUUAGAAGCUGUAUCGCCAGAGGAUCGUGUCAUGGAAAGUCUAAGCUUCGAUGAAGACGUUUGUGAAACCACCAAGGUCCUGGGGCUGCAGUGGGAUCCGGCCAAAGACAUUUUUAAAUUCAACGGCCAUUCAACCACCGCCGUCGUCACAAAGCGGGCAAUUCUAUCGACUAUCGCUCGCAUUUUUGACCCUAUUGGGUUUUUAGCGCCGGUGACCUUCUAUGCUAAACAUAUCCUACAUGAAAUUUGGGAAGAGGAAUUGGCAUGGGACGACCCUUUACCUCCGAAAUUAUGUCAGAAUUGGAAAACAUUUACGGAUGAGCUACCGGUUCUAUCUGAGAUCAAGAUUCCACGUUAUGUCGCUACUCAACGUCAAUCAUACGUCGAAUUGUGUGGAUUCUGUGACGCCUCCGAACGCGGAUUCGCUGCAGUGGUAUACCUUCGGGUAACAGUUUCAGACGACGACGUAUCUGUGUUCCUGCUUGGAUCCAAAACAAAGAUGGCACCGAUGAAAACCGUAUCCAUCCCGAGACUUGAAUUAUGUGCUUCAGUUUUGCUCGCUCGAUGGAUGGCGCGCAUAUUAAAAAUGUUCGAUGGGAAACUCACGAUUAACGGGCUUUACGCCUGGUCCGAUUCCCAAGUCGCUUUGGCCUGGUUAAUGAACUCGCAUGUUUCCUUUAAGGUGUUCAUUUCAAAUCGUGUACAUCAGGUGCGUCAACUUAUUCCGUCAUGCCGCUGGCUCUAUGUACGCUCAGCUGAAAAUCCUGCCGACUGUGCUUCAAGAGGAAUACUCCCUUCGGAGCUACCCGUACAUGCAUUGUAUUGGUCCGGCCCUACGUUCCUAAAAAACCCAAUUGAAACUUGGAGCAUGCUGGUCCCUUCGGUUCCUGUUGAACAACUACCAGAGUUCAAACCCGUGUCGCUGGCCGUUCAAGUUACCUCAAAUAAAGAAUGGUUCUGUCGCUUCUCGUCUUUUAUCAAUAUGAUCAAGGUCGUCGCUUGGAUGCGCAGGUUUAUCGGCUUAUGUAAGAAACGAACGUAUUCCAACAAUUUCUUGUCACGUGAAGAGAUAAAUCAUUCGUUAAUGGUAAUUGUACAAUCUUCUCAACAACGUUGGUUUCCUGAGCUGAUUUUGGAUCUGUCACGUGGCCGUGGUGCAGCUCGCCCAUUAUCUAGUCUACGGCCAUUUCUGAAUUCGCAAAAUAUUGUGUGUGUUGGUGGCCGAUUACUGAAGUCUGAUUUAGCUGAUGCGGAAAAACAUCCGAUGCUGCUGUCCAAGGAGUCACACCUUUCUUUGUUAAUUGCACGCCACUGGCACUUAGUUACGUGCCACUCAGGCCCCCGAGUCAUCACGUCUUUAAUCAUACGGCAAUUUUGGAUCUUAUCGAUGAGAUCGGUAAUUCGCAAGGUGAUCGGUCAAUGUACUCCAUGUGUCAGAGCUAUUGCCCAAUCGCCACAUCCCGUGAUGGGUAAUCUUCCCAGUUCACGAGUCCAAGCAUGUCGACCCUUUUCAAAAGUUGGAGUAGAUUAUGCUGGCCCACUGCCAAUGCGUGAGAGUAAGUUGCGAAAAUCCCGACAUUAUAAAAUUUACGUUUCUGUUUUUGUCUGUAUGGUCACCAAGGCUGUGCAUUUGGAAAUUGUAACAGAGCUAUCUACAGCAGCCUUUUUAGCCGGCUUCGAUCGUUUUGUUGCCAGACGUGGUCUUCCAACAGACGUGUACUCCGACUGUGGAACCAACUUCAAAGGUGCGUCAAAAUAUCUGUUUGAGGUCAUCAACGAUCCAGCUAAUCACCAUCUACUGUCAUCUCAUUCUUUCUGCACGUGGCACUUCAAUCCACCCGCAGCACCUCAUUUUGGUGGCCUAUGGGAAGCGGCUGUGCGUUCUUUUAAAACGCUCCUUGUACGAACCGUCGGUGAUCAUACCCUUACCAUGGAGGAGAUGUCAACCUUACUGUGUCGGAUCGAAGCUGUGUUAAACUCCAGACCUCUGACUCCAAUGACUGCUUCUCCCUUAGAUUUGGACUAUUUAUCACCUGGUCAUUUUCUUAUCGGGCAACCACUUCUGGCGGUUCCUGAUUUGAACAUUCCCGAAGGACGUUCCAAUGUGCUGACACGAUGGAAGCUGCUACAUCAAUGUCACCAAUCAUUCUGGCGUCGUUGGUCUACGGAAUAUUUGGCUUCUCUUCAAGUCCGGGGCAAGUGGACAACGGAUGUGCCCAACAUUCAGGUUGGACAAAUGGUCGUGAUCAAGAAUAACCAAAUUCCUCCAACAUCCUGGCGAUUGGGUCGCAUUCUGGAAGCGAAUCCUGGCCAAGAUGGCGUGAUACGAGUCGCCAAGAUACUAACAUCCACGGGGGAGUUAACCCGUCCGGUCGUUAAGUUGGUAUUGUUGCCCAUGGAUUAA